AUGCAGACGCAAGCAAAAGGUCAAAAGCGUUUUACUGCCGAGGAGGCGCGCGAACGGAAGAGAACGCGAACUGCAACUGCAUGGCAACGGCUGAUUGCUGAUGAACGUAAUACUAUUCCACCACCGGAUGUUGUUGCCGGGCUAUCAAAUGGCCAAGCAUCAACUUCUGAUUUCGUUUUCUGUUUGUUGGACUUCUUUAUCCACUGGGACUGCGAUGCAGCUGAAUCUAUGACUUUGCUGCGUGUACCUGAUUAUAGCUAUUGUGGUGCAAUUCGUAUGCCUUAUGAACAACCUCAGUUCUGCUGUUGCAAAGGUGAAGUUGGCCUUGUGUCAAAUGAGAUGCCAAACUUAUUAAGGCAGAUGUAUACUGCAAAUGAUGAUGAGGCCAGGAAUUUCAGGGCAUCUGUUAGGACAUACAAUAAUACAUUUGCGUUCACGUCUCUUGUCAUACAUAAGACUGGCCCGAACUUGUGCAAGCGUAAUAAGGGCGUUUAUACUUUUAAAGAUCAGGGUCAGAUGUAUCAUUUUAUUGAUGACGUGUUGCCUGAUGGUUGCCCUCCGCGUAAUCUUCAAUUGUAUUUUUUUGAUACGGAUCAUGAAAUUGAAAAAACACUGAGGUCGUGUUCACGCCUAAAUGAAAUCACUGUCAAGAAUUUGGUCGCACUCUUGGAUUGCAAUCCGUAUGCACGUUUUUUUAGGAGCCUAAAGGAUGUGGUCCAUUCUGAUGAGUUCAGUAUUUGUUUGAACUCCUCACCUUCACUUGAUCAGAGAGUUUAUAAUACCCCAACAACUUCGCAGGUCGCAGCUGUCUGGAUUGAAGAGUUUGAUGGCAUUCGUGAAAAUAGGCGUAUUCGCGUAUAUGCCCGUUGUGGCCGCAGUCAAAAUAUUCAAUACUAUUAUGGCUGUUAUGAUCCUUUACAAUAUCUGCUAUUGUUUCCCCUUGGUGAUGUGGGAUUGCAUGAGGGUAUUCAGAAAAUUAGACGGUCAUCUCAUGUGCAACCCGUUGGCUAUACAAACUCGGUCUCUAUUGUUGCUGCUGACCUAACGACUGCCGAUGAAUUGAUUAGGGCAGAGGAUGCGGUCUUUCGUGAAGGGUUUGAGACACAGCGACUGGAUUACUUCAGGCAGAAACAACAAUUUUGCCGGGCUGAUAACUAUCAGGGCCUUGUGGACAAUGUUGGUGUUGGUGUUGUUUUUGGAAUUGAUGUUGGUCGCAGAGUUAUUUUGCCGUCUUCGUUCAUUGGAGGCCCUAGGGAUAUGCGGAGUCGGAUGCAAUGUGUCUUGUACAAACCUGAUCUCUUCUUAACAAUUACAUGUAAUCCUAAUUGGCCAGAAAUCAGGAGCCUUCUGCAGCAUGUCGAUGAAGCGCAAAACAGGCCUGACCUCAUUGCAUGGGUUUUCUAUGCUAAGUUGCAGGCGUUUAAGGACUAG